CGUCUUCACAAGCAAGGCGCUGACGAUGGCUGCUGGCCCCAGCAUUCUCAAUCUCCCGUCUCUAUCACAUGGGUAAUUCUGCCACAUUAAGCUUUGAUUGUCCUACGGUCAAGCGGCCAUCCUUCGAGACCCCCCCGGUUGACCUGUAAUCCCUCCGCUUUGUUCGAUACGGUGAUACCCAAGCCUCUUUGAGUUUUAGUUCCAUCUCUCCAAUCUUCUGCUGCUCCUCUGGCUUUGACCCUUUUCUCACUUCUUCCCUGCUUGUCUCCCAAUUGACCGCCACACGCCAUGGCGGACGGCGAGCCCUCAUACAUAGACUAUGAGGCCUUCCUAGACCCGGACUUUUCACCCGCCUCGUUCGCCAAUUCCCUGGUUGUAGCCACCAACAAUGCCACAGACACACCGCUGGACCUCUCAACCCCGCUUUCUCGGGUACUCUUCGACCUCCAGGAGAUCGACACCCACAUUCAUGCGCUGACCACCAAAUCAGCCCUGCCGUUACUGACACAUACGCGCGACCAGACCGCCGCCGCCGGCCGCAUCCUCAAAGAAGCCGAAGAGCAGAUCUCUUCGGUAACGCAGGGGUAUGAACGGCUGGAAAGGGAGGUCCUCCGCAAAUGGGAGGCUGCCGAUGAAGCCAGGGUGGCUGCGGAGAAGUCGCUGGCCACUGUGCGACUCGCACGAGCGGUUGCGCGCUGUCUUUCUCUCGGCAGACAGCUCGAGAGCCAGCUCGCGGAAAUCGGGGGGCUGGAUGCUACAGCCCCUGCAAAGGAUGAUUACCGAACGCUGGAGCGGGCAGCCUCCACCAUUGUGAGUCUACGUCGCAUGUUCUCUGAGACGGCAGUCGGCGAGGAAGGCCACGGCCUGGACCGCGUCAAGGUCAUCCGAACGCUGCGCGGCGAGCUUGUCAUCCCGGCGGAGAACAUGGUCAAGACGAGAGCGCAGCAAGCCAUUGGUCGAUUCACCAUGUCGACGAUCGCAAGCGCCGGGGCCGGCUCCCAGUCGCAAAUGAGCUACAAACAGGCGCGCGAUGCCCGCGCACGCCUCGUCUCUGCCGUCAACAUCCUGUACCUAUUAUCACCGGUUCCGAAGAAUGUGAGCUCUGCGACCUUCCAACCGGAUUUGCUCCUCUCUACCCUGCAAGGGUACAUGCACACGGCCAUCUCAUCGUCCCUGAGUAACCUCACUCGCGCGCUGUCCAUGCUGCCCACGCUCGAGCGCACCCUCUCCGACCUGUCUGCCCGCUGCCAGGAUAUCUUUGCCUUGGAAGCCAUUCUCAGCAACCUGCGACCACCGUCCCAUCCCCUUUUCCCUAAUGCUACCACCCGCACCGGGGAGCAGACCGAACCACAAGCCCAAGCCCCUGGCAAGAACAAUCUGCUGCAGCCACUUCUCAGUGCCCUCGACACAUCAUCCCUCCCGUCCUAUUUCUGGCGGUCACUUGCAUCCUACCUGACAGCCCGCGUGCAGGAGAUAAUCAACCGCGGCGGCGUCUCUGCCCGGACACUGCGCUCGAACCGGGACCGAAUCAAGAAGGAGAUCAAAGACUGCGUCCUGCGAGGGUCACAGCUCCCGACGUCCGUCCUAGGAACCGAGAAGCGACUGGGCGUGGAGUCAGGGACGGAGAGGAACUGGGAGCGUGAAGCAGCGGUGAUGGUCAGUUCCAUUGCCAGUGUACUGGACCGACAAUAAUAUACCAGCGUCAUGUAGUAAAAUAC